UUUAUUUGUUUUACUUAUUUGAUAUUGAUAUAUUAUUUGCCAUCUCAUCUACUAAUUACCAAUGUUUAACUUUAGAUUAUGCUUUCUAUUUUAAAUUAAAUCUCUGGAUGGAUUUGCUUGCUAACUUUGUUUUAAUAGCUUUCUUAAUUUGUUGUAGUAUAAUUAAACAACCAUUAUUAUUGUUUCUGCUAGGCUCUAAUUAUAGAUAUAAUUAUUUCAAAAUGAAGAAAAUAAAGUUUUUAAUUGUAUUAAUUAAAGGUAAUUUGAUGCAGCUCUGAUGAAUUAUAUUUGGUCUCCCAUGUAUUUCUUAUUUAUUUUUAUACCCUUUUAAGUUAUUGAUUUUCAGAUUAGAAUGUCAGAGAAGAGUGGAAUCAAGAAAGAUAUAACUGAGUUAAUAGGUAACACUCCAAUGGUGUAUCUAAAUAAAGUGGUUGAUGGUUGUUUUGGUCACAUUGCUGCUAAAUUAGAGACAAUGGAGCCAUGUUCUAGUGUUAAAGACAGGACAGCGUACGGUUUGAUUCAAGACGCAGAGGCAAAGGGGCUGAUUACACCAGGAAAGGUGAUCUUACUCGUACUUAUGUACUUUUUGUUACGAAAAAAGACCGUGUUGAUCGAGAUUACAAGCGGUAACCUAGGGAUUGCAUUGGCAAGCAUAGCAGCAGUGAAGGGCUAUAAAUUUAUAGCAGUAAUGCCAGAUUCAUAUAGUGUUGAAAGAAGAAUUUUGCUUUUAGCUUUAGGAGCUGAGCUCCAUAUCACCCCUCCAAUAACAGAGCUUGGAGGGCUUCAAAAGAAAGUCGAGGAGAUAAUGAAAGUCACUCCCAAUUGCUAUUUUCUUAGCCAAUGUGAAAAUCCUUCCAACCCAAAGAUUCAUUACGAAACUACUGGGCCAGAGAUAUGGAAAGAUUGUGGAGGAAAAGUUGAUGGUUUGGUCAUGGGGGUUGGAACUGGAGGAACCAUAACUGGUGCAGGGAGUUUUCUCAAGGAACAAAACCCUGAUAUUAAGGUUUAUGCAGUGGAGCCAGCAGAGAGUGCAGUGCUAAGCGGAGGACAACCUGGAAAACAUCUCAUUCAAGGAAUUGGGGGUGGCUUCAUCCCUCGAGUUCUUGAUCUUAAAGUUUAUGAUGAAAUUAUUCAGGUCUCAAGUGAGGAAGCAAUUGAAACUGCAAAGCUUCUUGCCCUAAGAGAAGGCCUCCUUGUGGGAAUUUCAUCGGGUGCUAUUGCUGCUGCAGGAAUUAAGGUUGCCAAGAGGCGAGAGAGUAAAGGAAAACUUAUUGUGGUCAUCUUUCCAAGCGGUGGUGAGCGAUAUUUAUCUACUGAACUUUUUGAUUCCAUCAGACAUGAAGCGGAAAACAUGAUUUAUGUAUGAAUUCAGGAGUUCAAAAUUUUAUUUGGCUGAAAUAACUUUGAGACUUUAAGAAGUGAUAACGAAUAUAAUUUAUACAUAUAUGUAUUGAGAAGUAUAAAUGAGUAUAACGUUGUGCUAGGAUCACUUACAAAUUAAAUGAAUUGUCGAUAUUGUCAUUCACUUGUA